GGAAACACUAAAAGAAACAAAAAAGCUAUUAGAAAUUAUUGUUACAACUCCUAUGUCAACUUUUCUUCGUAAUACUAUGACCCAGGAUCGCCUUACAGCGUUGUCGAUGCUGUCCAUUGAAAAGGAAUUUAUUUCGACCAUGGAAAAUUUCAACGGGAAGGUGAUCGACAAAUUUGCUGCCAAGAAGGAGCGCAGGAUCGAACUGACAUAUAAAAAAUAGGUAAGUUCGGAUCUGCAGAACACCUGUUUUAUUUUGCCACGAGCCACGAACCGCCACUUUAGUAAAGUAUAACGUAAUAUCUAAUUUUUUAAUCACCAUGUAUUGUACAGCUAUAGAGGAAAAGACGUCCCCCUAAAAAUCAAAAUUGA